AUGUCAGAAGCUGGACGCCGCGGUACAGCCUACACUAUUGACAAUAUACUCGGACACACUGACAGACAACCAGAUCGUAUAGAAUUGAAAAGCGAAAGUGUUGCGCAUUCGGAUUCGGAACACGAGCACGAUUUGAGCGAACACAAUGAGCUGGAACAUGGGCACGGCGAGCAUAGUGAGCACGGGGAGCACAUGGAAGCGCUGGACGCUGGCAGACCGCGCAAGCAGGUGCGCCGCAGCCGCACCACGUUCACCACGUACCAGCUGCACGAGCUGGAGCGCGCCUUCGAUAAGACGCAGUACCCAGAUGUAUUCACGCGGGAAGAGCUCGCUAUGAGGCUGGACCUUAGUGAAGCUCGAGUGCAGGUGUGGUUCCAAAAUCGACGAGCAAAAUGGCGCAAACGAGAAAAAGCACUCGGGAGAGAUCAUGCGCCGUUCAUGCAUCACGAUCAUGUGGUAGGAGAAUGGGGUGGCGGUGGCCCUCCAGGCGGCGAGUGGUGGGCUCUCGGUCUCGGAGCUGGACUGGGCGCGCUGGGAGUACCCGCACCACUGUGGCAUGAUGCCGAGCCAGCCGCCGCCUUCAGAGCGCUGCUACACAGAUACGUACUGGCGCUUCCACCACCAGCGUUGCGUCCACCUGAGCCUGAGCCGGCCCCGGCUUCACCUCCAUCGCCCCCUUCGCCGUCACCGUCGCUGGCCCGCCUAGCCAGUGCUGAAGCUCUACGCCUACGAGCCCACGACGCCCUCCUACAGGACCGUGUAGCACUCCAACACAAUAACAAAGUCCACACGUAA